AUGGAGAAACGCGAAUUAGAGAAACUUGAAUCUGUCGAACUCGAGGAAGUCCGUCAAAGCAGGGACCUUCCUUCACCUGCCACUGCAGCACAACAACCUCGCAAUCGUGCAAGGUUCAGUGCCGCCACGAUCAUUCCAGUGUGGAUUGUUCUUAGUAGUGGAGUCAUCAUUUACAACAAUUACCUCUACAACACUGUAAACUUCAAGUACCCCGUUUUUUUGGUUACUUGGCAUUUGACUUUUGCAGCUAUUGGAACUCGCAUCCUUCAACGUACAACGCAUCUCCUAGACGGUGCAAAGGAUGUACCAGUCAGCAAAGACAUGUUCUUUCGCUCCAUUCUACCCAUCGGUCUCCUUUUCUCUGGCAGUCUCAUCCUUAGCAACACUGCUUAUCUGUACCUGAGCGUGGCCUAUAUUCAGAUGCUCAAGGCCUUCACCCCCGUAGCAAUCCUUCUCAUCACAUGGGCCACCCGCAUCAGCGAACCCUCCCGCAAGCUACUCCUCAUCGUCCUCAUGAUCUCCUCCGGUGUCGCCGUCACAAGCAAGGGUGAACGAUUCUUCAGUUGGAUCGGGUUUAUCAUUCAAGCUGGAGGAGUUGGGUUUGAAGCUACCCGCCUAGUUCUUAUCCAAAUUCUCCUCCACGGACUCAAAAUGGACCCCCUCGUCUCUCUUCAUCUCUACGCACCUGUCUGCGCCCUUAUCAACCUCUGCGUCAUACCUUUCACUGAGGGCAUGGAGCCGUUCCGAGUAGUAUGGGGAAGCAUCAUAGGAUCAUACAGCCAUGCCAUGUCCGCCGUAUCAGGCGAAGUGGCAUCGAACGCUACUGUCUCAAUAGUCGGCGAAGAAGCAACACCUCACAUCACCCCCUUCCUUCUUCUCACAAACGCGCUGCUUGCGUUCCUGCUAAAUAUUGCUGCUGUGUUUUUGGUGGGUGCCGGGAGCGGGUUGGUGUUGACACUUGCGGGGGUGUUGAAGGAUGUGUUGUUGGUUGCGGGGAGUGUGGUAAUUUGGGGUGGGCAGGUUGGCACUUUGCAGGCCCUUGGAUACUCAAUAGCGUUGUGUGGAUUGGUGAUGUUUAAAAUGUCGGGUGGGAAGUGA